AUGUUUAAUGUUAGUGCAACUCUUAAUGUGUCGCGUUUAGCGUAUAAUCCCAGCUUGUGCUUACCUCACAUAACGGCCAAAUCAUUUAAUGAUUUGAGUCUACCAUUUAAGAUUCCAGGACAUGAUGAGGUUACGAUUAAAGGGGUGGUUUUGGAUAAAGACAACUGUUUUGCCAAAGAUAAGGAUGAUAGGGUUUGGGGUGCCUAUACUGAAACCUGGAAGAAAUUACUUGAAAGCUAUCCGAAGGAACAUAUUUUGAUUGUAAGUAACUCUGCUGGAACUAAUGACGAUAAGGACUACGCUCAAGCAAAGAAACUUGAAAAUGAUACCGGAGUGACUGUGCUUAGACAUCCCACCAAGAAGCCCGGGUGCCACGAAGAAAUCAAAGCGUACUUUGAGAAAUUCGGAAUUAGCAAUAGAGAGAUCAUUGUGGUUGGGGACCGUCUCUUCACAGAUAUGUUAAUGGCCAAUAUGAUGGGUUCAUGGGGGUUUUGGCUCAGCGAAGGUGUCGAACUCUCGCCAAAAAUCUUCCCCAAGCUCGAAAGACUGGUUUACCACCACUUGGUUGAACUGAGACCCGAAAACCCUUUUCUUCCUCCGACACCCAACUGA